GCUGACAGUGAAAAUUUAGUAAUCGUUAGUAAUGUCAAAGCUCAAGCCAGUGUGAGCCAGUGUCAUCAGAACUACAUAUCUACAUAGCUGCGAUGCAGUUUUCCUCGACCUUAAGUUAUAACAGCACAAGGAAUAUAAUCUCAUAGAUACAUAAUUUUAUAAAGAUGCAACCCCUUCUACGCUACUGGGCCGCUGGAUCAAUCAGAUAUGACAAAGCGUAUAAAAUUCAGAAGGUGCUUGCUGCUCGCCACCAGACACAGAAGGCACAAAACGUGAUUCUUCUUGUUCAACACCCCCCAGUCUACACCAUCGGAAUCAGGACAAACCCUUACCCGUUUGACGAGGAGGAGCGGCUGAGGCGCCUGGGUGCUGACUUCCACCGAACCAACCGCGGAGGUUUGAUCACCUUCCACGGGCCCGGCCAGUUGGUCGCCUACCCCAUUGUCAACCUGAAGGAAUUGAACCUAGGCGUCCGCAGCUACGUUUGUUUAAUAGAGAAGGCAGUGAUGCGGACGUGCAGACACUUUGGGGUGGACAGUGUCCGUACUUCAAUGGAGCCAAACGAGACCGGUGUUUGGGUCAACAAUGCUAAGAUCUGCGCAAUAGGGGUUCACGCCAGCCGGUUCAUCACCAGUCACGGUCUGGCCCUCAACUGCAACACGGAGUUGUCCUGGUAUAGACACAUAGUGCCCUGCGGCCUAGUCGGAAAGGAGGUGACGUCGCUCACCAAGCUGCUUGGGCAGAACGUCACCGUGCAGCAAGUCGCCCCUGUUCUAGUCCGAGCUUUUUGCGAUGAGCUCAACUGCACUGCUAGCAACUUCACGCACGAAGAGCAACAGGAGAUUUUGAAGGAAAUUUUGUGA